ACCGCGAUCAUUCAAACAGCAACAAACCGACAAACACAAAUCGAUUUGUAAACUGUUGUGAUAAAAUUCCUGAAAAAUCGUGUAAAAUGUGAAUAAAGUUCGGAAAAAAUUGUUACAAUCUAUUCAAAGCUGUUUAUAGCUCUUAUCAGUGGAAAGUUUCAAUCAGUUUAUAUAAUUUUGAUAGUGCUUUUGCAGUUUUAAAUCCAACUUCCACACUUCAUUAAGUAAAAUGGCACCUCGAAACAAAAAGUCAGCAGCUAAGAAAAAGCAACAAAAUGUAAUUGAGGAACCCGAUGUUGCUAAGGAAAUACAUCGGCGUACAACUACCAGUGAAAACGUAACCAAUCGGCGUAGAAUGUAUCAACCCCCUCGGGUGUCCCAACCCGUUGCAGAAGAUGAUUCCGUCAUUAUGCUGUCUAGUGCGGAGAAUACACGGAUCACAGUGAAUGAACCCUCGCUGAUGAUGCUGACUGAUGUCAUGUUGAGACCCUCGACACGACUGAGCAAUGUGGAUAUGACUUUGGAAGAGACAAUGCGGCCAACGCCACGUAACAGCGCAAGAUCGCUUGGACCGGAGGACACUAACAUGAGCAUUAUUAAUGUAGUUCAAACACCCGGUAUCUAUCGUGAUAGACCAAAAACAUCCUACGAUGUACGACGAACGGAGGGAUCCGCCGCUGGUGUUGACAUGGAUAGUUCGAUUCGCCCCGUUCGGAAUCGUAGUCUGAAUAGAAACAUUUUUUCGGGAGAUUUUUUGACGGUUCCAAGGCGACGUGGUAAAACAGUGUCUAGAAGUAUUAGACAAGGGGAACAGGAAUCGUUGGAACCUGUUCGAGAGAUUAGUAUAGCAGCGGAUAUGAGCAACCGUACUCAAGAACAAGAUCUGAACAAAACACCUGCAUCUGAGAAAAUUAGUGAACCGAUGAGACGAGUUCGGACAAGGUCAGCUGCUAAGAAAGAGACACUUCCGGCGACAAGAAUCGGAACGAGAUCGGCUUCAAGGAGUAGGGAAGUUGUUGCUACGACGCUUGACGAUCGAACGAAAUCAAAUUCCACGGUUAAGAAUAAAAACGCCACAAAGGGAAGAUCACGGAGGAAGCCGUCAGAAGACGUAAAUAAGCAGUCAGAUGAAGUUAAGCGAAAAUCUGCAGAAAAUCGUCAGGUUUCAAAGUCUUCGAAGAAGCGAAUCAAGAAACAGAUCUUGUCCGCGAAGCAAUCCGAAUCGGUUGUCUCCGCAUUCGAAAAGUCUAUAGCAGCUGUCAAAAGCACCGGUGAACCCCAGACUUCUAAUGGCAAAGAAAUAGCGAAUAAAGUAACUGCCGUUGUCAAAAUUCCUGAUAGGGCUCGGUCUUCUACGAAUGGUGAGGACAUAGCGAUUAAUGAUGUUGAUGUCAAAAGCACCGAUCGAACUCGGUUUUCUAAUAGUGAGAGUAUGAUGACUCAUAAAGCUGAACAACAACCGAAGAGUGUGAGAGAACCCGAAAAUCCUCCAAAGGAAAUUUCAAAAGAUAACAAUAUUGACGCUGCCUCCAAUGUGUCACAGUGUGCGUCAGAUGAUCAAACUACUGACCAGGGUCCUGCAAAAUUAUCAGAAUCCGUUCGUUUUUCUUAUGUUUCUACUAGGAGGCGUCCUAGAUUAAAACUUAACAAGGGUCAUAGCGCUGAUAAAUCUAACAGUCGAAGUGCCAUCGUUCCUUCCUCAAUACAUGAACCUUCGGCAGAAUUUCAAGGUGAAUUGGUAGCGGAUAAGGCGAUUCGAAAUGGAUCAGAUACUCGUGUACACGAGCAACCGGAAGAACUUAACAAAAACAGUGAAGAAAUUCAGUUUAAAUCUCCCAAUGCCGAACAGUUCAAAAACGUAUCAAAGCGUAGGCGGCCUAGAUUGGCUCCUGACGGCUAUCAGAAUUCAUCAUCCACAACCGUAGUUUCUACUGAUAGAGUAUCAGAGAAACGUUCUUCCACUUCAUCGGAAGUCAACGAGAAUGUUUCUGCUAAAACUUCUGGGUCCGAACUUUCCCACUCCCCUGACAGCACGAAAUUUUCGACCAACGUUGCGAGAAGAAGACGUCGAAAAAUGUCAGGCGACCGCCAGAUCGCUUCCACCAGUGAAGAAGCUCUGCCUCCUACUGCACCUUCUGACAAGGAACAGGUUAGCCAGAAACCACCCUCAGAUGACCCUACUUUGGAAUCGACUACCAGACGUUAUCGCACCAGAUCUGCAUCCAGAGGUCGACAAGUACCAGCUCCCAAACGGCACAAGUGUUCCUGUUGUUCCGGUUCACACACAGAAUCUGCACAUCAGCCGAAGGCAGUUACAUCGCGAGGUCGUUCUAGAACCCGAAAAGUUUCUGAUCUUCCGCAGCAUGCUAACCGUUCACGAGGUGAAUCAGUUAGACCUGUUGACCCACCGUUGAAUCCAUCCCAACCGGAGAGCGAAAACGUUGUUGAUAUUGAAGCUCAAGUGAGUACAACGAAUGGACAAAUACCCGCACUCGGCACCCGAUCCAGUCGGGUACGUAGUAAAUCAGUUCUACGCAACGCAAAGAACACCAGCAGUAAUGGCGUUACGUCCCGCAGCCGCUCAGUCCCACGCAACGCGCUUCUAUCGCCUGUCGCCCGCAAAUCAGAUCAAUCCACCUUGGGAGAGUCCUCUCACGUACCCAUAUAUCGCCGUUAUGCUGAAGAAAUGGGUCUAACCCGAUCAGAAAGUAUGAGUAGCCUCAAAGCAUUGCUACCGGUGGAACCCAUUCCACCGGACGGGGACAUAUACGCAUUCGACUCUCCCAGUCAAACACCGGUUGCUUCGUCGACGACUGGAGGGCCGACAGGAAAGAAAACUAGAACAGCUAGCAAAAAAUCUCGAUCGGCGGUUACGACGGAGCGCAAGAAAAGAACGACGCCGGCUAAAAAGGCGGCGCAUUGUGUGUUCGGAACUGAUAUGGGACGGAUUCGGAGUGUGCUGAAAAAGAUUGGGGGUGGGCCAGUUCGGAAGCCGGCUGAUAGGAAGGAGUCGAUACUGGACACUGCAACUGUCAAAUCUUUCCUACAACCAUCCGGACUGGCACAUGUUCAACGCACGAGUUCUCGCGGUUCAUCGCCCGUCUCUAGCUACACCAACGACGAUCAUCCUUAUCAAAACAAUAAUGAAAACGAUUUCGACAUCGAGAAUAUCCCAACCGUCGAAGUGUCUGUACCGCUGUCGCCACCGAAGUUAGCUCCCAACGUCCGGCGGGUCCUGCAGGAUAAAUCUACCGCCGUCUCAACUCCAGAUAAAACACAACCCAACGUGACGAUGAACUUUUCUCCGUUGGGAGCUUCCUCCCCGUGGAGGGUACAAAAUGAAAACAUCCUACCGAAGACGUUUUACUUUUCCCGCUCGAAAGAUCUGCUGCCAUCGUAUGAAAGUGACAUUGUCAUUCGCCACGUUGACAAUCAAUCGAAAUCACCGACUCGGGAACUUAUUACAUCGAUUGUUGCCCCCGUUCCUUCGAGAAAAACGUCUCCAACUCAUCUGGCAUCAGAGCGAACAAUAAAUCCUCACCCGUCACCAUCCAAAAUGGACGCAAUGUUCCGAGGAAUCCAAAAGUCCUACGAACAAUUAAAAGUCACCAGCGAGAUGAGCGAUAAGCUCAUCUCUGCCAUGAGAAAGUACAAAUCGAACGUUCACAAUCAGACGUCUUUGUUCAGCAAAGGACCGGACGGGUUGUCAGAAGAUGAGCGACUGAUUGCCCAAUUUCGAGAGUACGAAGCCAAUAUGAAGAAGACGUAUCAGAAACUAAAACAAUGGUACGAACGAUCUCAGCAAGUUCUUGCCCGUUCGAUUCGGACGAUUGAAAAAGUAUCAACGCUGCCGAAAACUCAGGCCCAAAAAGAGAUGCUGCAAAACUUUCAUCGUCACUCGGAGCAAUUCGUUUCGAUGAUCAACGAGCUGGAAUCGGCAAUGAAUGACUCGAACAUUGAAAAUAUUGCCCCACCUAAAACAGGUGGAACAAGCGAUCAACCAGCGUUCAAAGAAAUCAUUAUGCCAACCAGGGAUGUCAAUAAUCCACACAGAAGUCCGUUGAAAACAUUGGAUAUUGUUAACAUGCCGCCCAGUUACUCGCCCGUUAAAUCUCCUCUGGUGAAGGCUUCGUUCAGUGCCUUUGGCAGCAGCAGUAGCAAACAAAAUUCACUUACCAAAAGUCGAGAUCGAUUCAGUAGGUUGAGCUUGGUUAAACCUUCAACUCAUCAAGCGCUACAUCCACCCCCAGUCGCAACCCCGAGCCUCGUUGAAAUUGACCGUACUGCUGUGGAACCGGUUAAUCCAAAUUGUUCCUUACCACCAGACGAUCCACCGCAAAACCACCCGAAGACAGAUCUGUUCGGAUUCGAAGAAGACGCCGCCGAUGACUGCUUCUCGGAACCAACAGCCGUUAAAAUAACGAAAGAUACACUGAAGGAGCGCUUGCAAAGUGUCCGCAAAAUGCUACCACCUCGGUCUCCAAGCCGAAGUAGAAUCAUUCCUACCACCAGAAGUGUGACACGCCUACCGAAAGUCAUCGGCAGUCCGGCGAAAUUACGACCGAUUCGUAGUGCAUUCAUCUCUUCAACACCGGUCGCUGACAAGCGGAAACCACCGAAGCAGCAGACAGAGCCAAACGUAUCUGCCAUCGCCGACGAACAGGAACCUCCAACGAGAACGGAAAGUCCGCCAGUCGUUCUGUUUGCUGAGCCAGAAAUACCCUCGAUGGCGCACAGUUCGGUGAAUCGCACGUACAGCCGAAUACCACAGCGUAAGCUCCGACGAAAGCGUAAUAUCUACCUAGCAGAUCUUGGACUAAGCGAUGAUGACGACGACGACGACGAGGAGACGGAGGUUGGAUCGAAUGCUUCUGCAGCGGAGGAGGAGGAGUAUGUGACCCGAGCAACUAAAGCAACAACUCGAAAACGAAAGAAAAAAGAUGUCGUCCAAAGCAGGAAGAAGAAAACCGUUGAACAGACGGACGAAUUCAAGAAAUUUGUGGACGAUUUUAAUAGCAUGUGCGAAGAGGUUAAUCGCUUCCCGUUGGUCGUCGAGUAAUCCAAACCACGAGUGUGACGAGUCUGAGCAUGCAGGUAGGUGUCGAUAGAAACUCACCCGAAGCAAAAACAACUUUCAGAGUAUAUUUUAAUACCAGUACGUUUUUAAAAUUAGUCAAUGCUUGUGGCUUAGACCGUAAGCGGCAUUAUCUUUUUGUUUAUCCUAGAAGGAGUUUGUUUUUUGAAAUAUUUUACAACGAUAUAUGUAUCUUUUAGGGUCUUUUGCGUAACACCUUUAUGUGCGUGAUUUUGUUGGGUUACGCACCAAUAUA